AUGACCACACGGAGUCAUACUUCUAUUUACUUGGUUGAACAGCCUAUUCAAAGUAUACCUAGUAUUCGGUUACCGUCUAAUGGUGAAGCAUUGGGGUAUCAUCGACAGCAUAAUGAAUACUAUAACAGACCAGAAGACAUUGAAAGGAUUAUUCAAGAAUUGGAAGAUGAGGAUAAUGAAUAUGAUGUACUUGAUGACUAUGGCUCAGAUCAUGAUGAUGAUCCUGAUUUCGAGCCAGAGGUAAUUGAAAACUCGGAUCAUGACAGUGAUUCUGAAGAGGAAUUAGAUUCACCGUCCACUGCAGAUGAAAUUGAAGAAAGUGUAGGUAAGAAUUUUCGUUUUUUUAUUGGUAAAGAUGGUGAGACUUUGUGGGCUAACGAACCAGUAGCAAGUAUUUCAAAAACGAAAUCAAAAAAUAUAAUCAAGAUUUUACCCGGCCCAAAAGGAGCUGCUCGUCAAUGUAAAACAGAAAUUGAAUGUUUUUCACAAUUUUUUUCUCUGGAUAUAGUCGAUAAAAUAGUUUCACACACAAAUACUUACAUUCAAUGGAGAAAACUUGCAAACCCUAAUAGUAGGGACCGUGAUUUUAGAUUGACAAAUCAAAAAGAAAUACAAGCUUUUUUCGGCGCCUUAUUUUUGAUUGCCUCAUAUUCUCCCGGCGAAUUCACCACUAUUGAUGAAAUGUUAGUCGCUUUCCGAGGCCGCUGUGGAUUCAUUCAAUACAUGGACAAAAAACCGGCGAAAUAUGGACUAAAGAUGUAUGCACUGUGCGAUGCCCGAACGUUUUAUACGUAUAAUUUAGAAAUUUACUGUGGAAAGCAAGACACGGGCCCUUUUGUGACAUCGAACAAGCCCUAUGAUAUAGUUACCAGACUAACUGAACCUAUUCAAAAAUCAAAGCGAAACGUUACAACCGACAACUGGUUUAGCAGUUAUCCAUUAGCUGAAAACUUACUAAAAAACGGAUUAACUUUUAUGGGCACCCUAAAAAAAAAACAAAAAAGAAAUACCUCCCGAAACUAUAAGUUCAGCAUAGAAAUUUGGAACCUGGUACACAUCAAUUCGGUGCCCAACCAGACAUGA